CAGAACAAACGUGUGCGAGCAUCUGUGCUGCAGACAGGACAAAGAGAUCCAAGACUGGACAGAAUGGAAGUGAAGGUUUUUGUGGAUGGUAUCCCACGGGUGGUAUGUGGAGUAACAAGGGAAACGACAUGCCAAGAAGUGGUCCUAGUGCUGGCUCAAGCAUUGGGUCAACCUGGACGUUACACGUUACGGGAGAAAUUUAAAGACUUUGAGCGGUGCAUGACACCCGAGGAACGUCUUCUGGAGACCCUGGAGAGGUACGGUGAGCAGUCCAAGGAGGUCCAGCUCAGUCUAUUCCGCAGAGGAGCAUCUGUUUUGGAUGAAAUGGGCAAAGCAAAAGUAGGACGAUAUCAACCCUGUCCGCCAUUAAGGAAGAAAGAUGUAGGUUCCAGAAUGAGGAGGAGUAGUGGCUCCCUGAGCCUGCAUCGCCAAAGCUUGCCAAUGUUAUCCUGCUUAAGGGAAGAAGGUGAGAAGAAGCAAGAAGACCUGAAAAGGCCAAAAAGAAAGUCUCUGACACUCAUGGAGGAGGCCUGGGACUGGCUGGAAAGUCUGGGGAAAGGAAAGGUCUAUAGCACUGCCCAUGAUAAGGAAAGCAGUAAGUCGGAUAAAAGGAACCGCAUCUCUUUGGAUUUCUCACUCACUGUGGAAAAAGAUAACUCUGGUAGCAUUAGCAGAGGCAAAGGGAAAGGUCAAAAAGCUUUGAAGUCAGAACUGGACCAUCAAACCUCCUGCUGCAUAGGAAAUCAGACAAGGGGUAAAGAAAGCAAACACUCUAAAAAAACAAAUGAGGCUAAAUCCAACCUGUGUGGUUCAACUGCUGCCAGGACCGUGGAGGAGAAAAAUACUCUCAGAGAAACCAUAAUAUGUCAGCUCAAGUCCUUGCAGGACCUACAGGCCCAGAUAACACGUAUAGACAGGCAGAUUUUUGACCUUGAGGAACAUCAAAGGGCCAGAAUUGCUGAACAGGAAGCACAAGAGAUGAUAGUGGAAGAAGAGAUGGAGCAGAUCAGGUUUUGGGAAAACGAGUUACAAUCAGAGGAAGGUUACGAGAAGGAUUUGCAGUAUCAGUUCCUCGAGAUGAGAGCGAAGGCCGUGGAGUGCAAGACUAAACUGGAGGAGUACAAGUGCAAAAUGCAGCGGCUUGAUUUUUUCAGAGGUGUCGCUCAAGAAGAUUCUGAGACUGCUUCAAAACUCAACUCAAAUUGUGCCAGUGAAAUUCACGCCGUCUCGGCCCAGGAUGACAAUCUGGAGCAAUCCAGUGCAGAUGGGAGUGUAAAUGUCAACAGGAAGUUCUUGCCCAGAGAAGACACCAGCCAUCCUCGCGCUCUAGUUCAUCCAAACCAAAUAAAGGAGCGACGGCCCACUGGACCCACUGAGCUAAGGGAGUGGUGGACACGCUGGUCAGAAGCCCAUAGAUCUCAAUCGCAGACUCAGAAGGUGAUUCACCGUUCUGAGCUCACUAUAUAUUUGAGCAGCACCAAGGUUUAGAAUCAAUGUCCUGGCGUUAAAAGACAAUGAUCCUUCACACUUUCCGUUCCAAAUGUAUUACCAGUGCUUACUGCAUGUUCUGGGCUGGGAUAAAGCCCUUCAGCAAGUAUUGAACUUUAAUUGUUCCUCAGCUUAUUUACCUUCAGUGGAAGAGACCAGUUUAGUUUUAUUUCACAUUUGACUUCCUCUGUAUUUUAGCACAUCUGAAGUGUUUUUCAUACUUAAACCUGCUCUGGUGCACCAAUGAAUAAUUAUACUGACUUCAUAAUAUUCAAGCAAGCCAAACUGAAGACUGAUUUGACGUGUAGGACUAGACUGAAAGCUUUCUCUAUGAAUUUAUCCUCACCAUCAGCUGUCAGUGUACCCACACUGAUUGACAAUGCUGCUUUUGUUGCAACGGCUGUUUAACACCAGAAUGCUUCUUGCCCUCAAGACAGUCAUAAUAUUGUAGUUGGACUGUCCUACCAGCAUCUUAAAAUCUAUACAGACACAACAUUUACAGAUUUAAAUUUAGUGAAAAAAAACAGGGCUUUGUGGAUCUUUGGUCAUUCUUACUGGCAGAUAUGGAAAAUUGCAGUGAUCAAUUUAUUUUCCACUCGCUACAGGGAACGUAGCACCACAAAUACAUCGAUGUCUUAUUUCUCUCUCAUUUGUAGCUGUGUUGGUGUGACAUCUUGACCAUUUUUUCCCCUCACAUUUAAACCUGACUUCCCUCUUCAUCAAAUGCAACCAUUCUGAGAUUUAACAGACAUCACCAGGCUACAACAGCUGAUAGUGGAAUCAAA